UCCGCAUCCGAAAGAGGAAAGAGCUUGCCGUGGAUCUAAGAAGAUAUAGGAAUGAGAUGGCUUCACUUGGUAAUCUCCCUGAGGAUGAAAGAAACGAUGAGCUACCUCAGUACAGCCUAAAGGCAGUGCAGGUGGCCACCACCAAUUUUUCAGAGGAGAAUAAGCUCGGAAAAGGAGGGUUUGGCCCUGUGCAUAAGGGUGAACUCAAUGGUCGGGUUGUUGCUGUGAAAAGGCUUUCUGAAAGUUCUGGGCAGGGCUUGAAUGAGUUUAUGAAUGAAAUUAUAUUGAUCGCAAAGCUUCAACACAAGAACUUGGUUCGACUGUUGGGUUGCUGUGUAGAGCGGGGAGAAAAGAUGCUUAUCUAUGAAUUCAUGCUCAAUGGCAGUCUUGAUGCGUUCUUUAAUGACCCACAGAAGCGUCAAUCGUUGGACUGGGAGAAGCGAUUCAAUAUAAUUAUGGGAAGUGCAAAGGGGAUUAUGUAUCUUCAUGAAGAUUCCCGGCUCAACAUCAUUCAUCGGGAUCUUAAAGCAGGCAAUGUUUUAUUGGAUGAACAGAUGACAGCAAAGAUUUCUGAUUUCGGAAUGGCCAGAAUCUUUAAAGGAGACAACAACCCAAAAGCCACCCAACGUAUUGUUGGAACUCAUGGAUACAUGGCUCCUGAGUAUGCCAUAGAUGGGCAAUUUUCCAUCAAAUCAGACGUCUACAGCUUUGGUGUACUGCUCUUAGAAAUUGUCAGUGGUCAGACAUACGGUGGAUUUCACUUUUCUAAAAUGGGUUAUAGCCUGAUUGGAUAUGCCUGGACUCUAUGGCACAAGGGGAGUAUGUCAGACUUCAUAGAUCCACUGCUUGGAGAAUCCGCCCCAACAAGUCAAAUUUUAAGAUGUUUCCACAUUGGCUUACUAUGCGUUCAGGAGGAUCCUGCAAACAGACCCACUAUGUCAGCCAUUAUAAAGAUGCUUGAAAGUGAUUCGCCUAUGCUUCCAGCUCCCCAACAACCCCCUCUGGCUUUCAGCAGAACCGGUGAACAACCCAGUGGUUGGAUUGUUGCAGUGAAAAGGCUUUCUGAACGUUUUGGGCAAGGCUUGAAGGAAUUUAUGAGUGAAGUUAUAUUGAUUCCAAAGCUUCGUCACAAGAACUUGGUUCAUUUGUGGGUUGCUGUGUAA